AACGUUUUCUACCUCCGUGUGGCGUCUGAAGCAAACUCUAUCUCUACCAACUCCAAAGGAAAACAUGUGGUCUGCAUCGGUGGCUCUUUUAUAGGAAUGGAGAUCGCUUCGGCGCUAGUAUUGACUGCUGCAUCAGUUACCGUCGUCUGUUUGACUGAAGAACCCUUACCAGCACUGGGAAUAGAUAUCGGUGCUGCAGUCAGGAAGAAAUUUGAAGCAAAAGGAGUCAAAAUACUGGUGAACGCCUCAGCUAAGUCGUUCCAAGGUAGUGAUCACGUGAGCGGUGUCGUGCUGAAAUCAGGUGAAACGUUGGAUGCCGACGUGGUCGUCGUUGGGAUC